CGGAAGUACACAAACGCAGGGCGCUCACGUUGCUUUUUAGGAAUGGACACCAUACAUGCUUGUUUCAAAGAGAAAAUCGGUGAAGUGCUUUUACCGGGAGAUGUGUUCUCGUUCAGAUUGCCCGAAUCUGGAGAUGGUAGUAUCAAACCCGAAAAGAUAAUAUGUGGUCCGGGGCUCCGGAGAAACGGAGAGGAAGUUCAAGUUUGUAAAAGUGGAAUUUUGCGCCAUAAACAGCCUAAUAUGUACUGGAUAGACUCUCAGCAGAGACGGUAUGUACCAGCCAAAGGUGAAAGCGUGAUCGGCAUUGUGACAGCAAAGUCUGGAGAUAUCUUUAAAGUGGACGUGGGAGGAAGUGAACAGGCAUCUCUUUCAUACCUGGCUUUUGAGGGAGCAACCAAGAGGAACAGACCUAAUGUGCAGGUUGGAGAUCUGGUGUACGGUCAGUUCACAAUUGCCAAUAAAGAUAUGGAACCCGAGUUGGUUUGUAUAGACAGCUGUGGCAGGGCCAAUGGGAUGGGGGUGUUUGGAGCUGAUGGGCUGCUCUUUAAAGUAUCACUGGGACUUGUGCGAAGACUUCUGGCUCCUCAGAGUGAAAUAAUAAAGGACCUGGAGAAGAUUUUCCCCUUUGAGCUGGUUGUUGGGAUGAAUGGCAGAGUGUGGGUGAAAGCAAAGACUGUUCAGCAGACGCUGAUAGUGACCAAUCUUCUGGAGACAUGUGAGAACAUGACCUCGCAACAGAGACAGACGCUGUUUAAGAGAGUGGCAGAAGGCUCCUUCUAGAGGACAUUUCAGAUACCAAUUUUCCCACAAUACCCCUGGUGGUCGGACAAGCCAAAAUGAUACGUAAUUCAGAUUUUCAAAUCCUCUGGAAAAAGUUGAGAAAUAACUGAAGCUACAAAGGACAUCACUUCCUUUUGUAUUUCCAGAUUGGAAAACAAUGUGGCAGCGAAGAAAAGCAGUCGCCAUUUCUCUUUAAAGGAGUAUGUUUUUUUUUUUUUUUUUUAAAUGCACUUUUGUAUGAGUACAUCUGUAUGAAUAAAAUCCUUGUGAAACUAA